CACCGAUAUCACUAGUUUUCUAAAGAUUAAAAUAAUACGUCGAAAAUUUCCCAACGCCUUCCCUCGUUUAGAAUUUCAACAUUCGCUAGGUGAUCGCUCUCGGGCGCGGUCGCCUCGUACAAUAUACCAUUUAAAAGGAAUUUGAGAAACUGUGGAAUGUCUUUUGGCGAUUAUAUUACGGCCGUCUGCUUCAGUCAUCAGUCCGGCUGAACAACCCGAUUCUUCUGCAGGUUUUGGUUAUAACGAUGGACCUUAGGAGAACAAAUCUUUGUUGUCAGAUAUCAAGUUUGCGACUAAGGCGCAUGGUCAUAAGAUGACCCCCAACGAUGGGGAAUUGGAGGGACGCCCACCUUAUAUCCACUCCAUGAUCGCUGGAGGGCUUGGUGGGACUACUGGUGAUAUGCUGAUGCACUCGCUCGAUACCGUCAAAACUCGACAGCAAGGCGAUCCUCACUUUCCGCCUAAAUAUACCUCAUUAGGAUCAUCAUACUAUACAAUAUGGCGACAGGAAGGGAUUCGACGUGGGUUAUAUGGGGGUUGGCUCCCAGCCAUGAUGGGCUCGUUUCCCGGCACCGUUCUUUUCUUCGGGACAUAUGAAUGGAGCAAGCGGCAUAUGUUAGACUACGGCAUUCAGUCCCAUGUCUCCUAUUUAAUAGCUGGCUUUAUCGGUGACUUCGCUGCAUCGAUAGUCUAUGUCCCUUCUGAGGUUUUGAAGACCCGCCUUCAACUUCAGGGACGAUAUAACAACCCUCAUUUCAAAUCCGGAUAUAACUACCGUGGAACAUUUGAUGCCGCGAGGACUAUAAUUAGAACGGAGGGGUUUGCAGAGCUAUUCUCCGGAUAUAAGGCAACUCUAUAUCGAGACUUACCAUUUUCCGCUUUGCAAUUCAUGUUCUAUGAGCAAUUUCAGAGCUGGGCCCGACAGUAUAAGAAUAGCCGAGAUCUCGGAGUUCGAUUAGAACUUCUCACGGGAGCUGCCGGCGGAGGACUUGCUGGUGUUCUCACUUGUCCCCUUGACGUAGUAAAGACUCGAUUGCAGACACAGAUCGACCCAGUUCCAGUUGUAGGGAAACCGAAAGAUCGCUCGGCUAAAGAGACUAUGUCGGGACCUAAAGAUACAACAGCGAAAGAAACCCAAUCUUUGCCUCCACGGAAACAGCAGCAACGUCCUAUAUCAACCUCUUCGCCUUCAACACAUACGCCGCGGCCGGGCGCCAUUCCAUUAGACGAGGACUCGAUAUUUAGGGGUCUCAGAUUAAUCUACAAGACAGAAGGUUUUGGAGGAUGGUUUAGGGGAGUUGGGCCACGAUUCGUCUGGACUAGUGUACAAAGCGGUUGCAUGUUGUUCUUAUACCAGACCAUCUUGCGAAAAUUAGAAGUAUGGCUUCCGAUAGAGAGAUCUGAUAUCUCAGGUUAGAUCACUUGAAAGGGUCUUUUCAAGCUGGAGUCCGUGAAAGGGGAAAGGGGGGUUAUGAAGAAUUGUAACAACUCAACACAUCUGCACGGCGUUUAAGGAUGAUAGGUGGGUUCAAGGAGGGCGACAAAAGAAUAGAUAUUACGAUGAAUAGAAAUCUCCGGCUGUUUAAUAGAUAUAAAAUAUGGGGUAUCUGAACUACGGUAUUACACAUAGAGGAUUUUUUAC